AUGAAGGAACCAGAACUUCAAGCCAUUAAAGACGAAAAGGAGGAACCAGAAGUUCCACACAUUAAAAUUGAAGUGGAAGAACCAGAAGUUCCACACAUUAAAAUUGAAGUGGAGGAACCGGAAGUUCCACACAUUAAAAUUGAAGUGGAAGAAACGGAACUUCCACACAUUAAAAUUGAAGUGGAGGAAACAGAACUUCAAGCCAUUAAAAAUGAAAAGGAGGAAUCAGAACUUCCACACAUUAAAGAGGAAGAGGGGGUUCUCUCUAUUAGUCAGGAUGAAGAGCAGCUUGAACCUAAGCAGGGGACCAGAACCUUUAUGUCACGUCUUAUUGAGGAAAGUGAUCAAAGGGAACCAGAGCCAAACAAUGAUCAGCUCCUCUCUGAGGACAGAAGCCUCAGCAGAGAUGCAGACAGCUCCACCUCAGAGACUCAGAGGAACACUAACACAAGUGUGAAAGCUUUUCAGUGUAACAGAUGUGGAAAAAGUUUUAAGUUGAAAUCCAAAUUAAAAUUACAUUCCGGCAUCCACACAGGUGAGAGGUCACAUGUUUGUCACCUGUGUGGAAAAAGGUUCAGACUGAGUAGUUAUUUAUCAAUUCACAUGAGAAUUCACACAGGUGAGAGGCCAUUUUCUUGUGAAACAUGUGGGAAAAGUUAUUACAGUAGUGGUCACUUACAAAUCCACAAGAUAAGUCAUUCAGAUGAGAAGUUUGUUUGUAAAACUUGUGGGAAACACUUCUCAAGCCCCUGUGCAUUGCACAACCAUCAGUCCAUUCAUACAGGUGAGAAACGAUUUGGUUGUAAAUUUUGUGGGAAACGAUUCAGAACGCAUGAAAAAUUAGGUAGGCAUAUAAGAACCCACACAGGGGAAAAACCAUACUGUUGUGAACUUUGUGGAAAACAGUUUAUUGAUGAUUACAAAUUAAAGCUCCACAAGAUGGUCCACACGGGCGAAAAGCCGUUUUCCUGUAAAGAGUGUGGAAAAUGUUUUGCUAAAAAGGGGAACUUAAGGGAGCAUAUGAAAACGCACACAGGUGAGAGACCAUAUCCCUGUGAAAAAUGUGACAAACGUUUUCCUUGUAAAAGAAAUCUGGUGUACCACAUGAAUACUCAUGCCACAGCGAAGCAGCAUCCUUGUGAAAUCUGUGGGAGGCAUUUUACUCGUAAAAAUUUUUUGGCAACCCACAUGAGAAUUCACACAGGACAGAAAUCUUAUCCUUGUGAAGCAUGCAAACAACUUUUCAGUAGUAAGCAAAAGUUGAAGACCCACAUGAGAACUCACGCUGAAGACAAACUGUAG